AUGGUGAACUCCAGUCAGGUUUCCCACUUCACCCUUGGAGCGUACUACGACACUGGGCCUUUGAAAUGGCUGUAUUUUGUCAUUAUAUUGUCUGUUUAUAUUUUAAUAGUGCUUUCCAACCUGCUUCUCAUCAUCGUCAUAUGUCUGAACAGGACUCUGCACGAACCAAUGUACAUUUUCCUCUGUAGUUUAUUCAUGAAUGAGCUUUUUGGCAGCACUGCGUUGUUCCCAAUGCUUUUAUGGGAGAUUAUUCAGGAUGUCCACAUUAUUACCGCUUUUUUUUGCUUCCUACAAAUCUUCCUUGUUCACUCCUAUGUCUCAAUACAGUUUGUGAUUCUUGCUGUUAUUUCCUAUGACAGAUAUCUGGCCAUAUGCCACCCCCUGCAGUAUCCAACGAGGAUGAACACUAAAAAAGUGUUAUUUCUAUUGUUUUUCCCCUGGUUCUACGCUUUCGCCAUCGUCCUUGUCGUGGUUUUACUAACGUCGCUUUUACAACUUUGCGAACAUAGCAUUGUUAAAGUCUACUGCAAUAACUACUCUGUUGUGAAACUUUCCUGCUCUGACACUUCCAUCAACAACAUCUACGGACUCUGUGUGACUUUCCUCACCGUCGUUGGGCCUUUGGUGGUAAUGAUAAGUACGUAUGUCUGUAUUUUAAAGGUGUGCUUCAGGGGGUCCAAACACACGCGGCACAAAGCUCUCAGCACCUGCGCUCCUCACCUGGCCUCGUUCUUAAAUUUCUCAUUUGGAGUGUUUUUUGAAGUCUUGGGGAGCAGAUUCAGCUUGCAGAACUUGCACAGUAUGGUCGCAUUGGUUUUAUCGCUGUAUUUCCUGGUAGUUCAGCCACUGUUUAAUCCUUUAAUAUAUGGAUUUAAACUCACCAAAGUUCGAGAGCUGUGUAAGAACAUGCUGCAUUCUGCUAUUAGUCAUUAA